CCGGCGCUCGCACGCGGGACCUACCACGAACAUCCUCACAUUUAGGUCUAAUUAUCACAAAAUUCGACAAACGAAUUAUUUCCACUCGUUCGCCGAUUUUUUUCGAAUCGAUUUUUUUAACAGUCGGUGAUAUGAUAGUGUAAGUGCAAAUUGUCAAUUGGUGAUGCCUUACGAUGAGUUUGCGAAAAGUCUUAUGAAAAUGGCCGGGUCACGAGAGAGGCUUCUACACGAUCGACGCUUAGAAUACGAUUACGAGUACGAUCGAAAACGACGGUACGACAUUAAGAGAUACGACCGCCCCGUAAAUCAUGUUAACGAUCGUUCCAACAGAAUCGUCCAGCCCCGACGUAAAAACGGCUACGUUUACGAGGACAUUUACUCGGAUUUCGACGAGGCGCAGGGUAGAUUGUCAUUAUUUCGACCGAUUAGACCGGAAUACCUAAACUUGCAGACGACCUACGAUAAUAAAUACAACUCGCUCCCCCGAACCUACUUCUACAAUAGAGAUCAUCCCGGCAAAAAAUACUACGACUAUAGACUGGAAACUCGGAGACCGCGUGACUCUUAUGACCGCUACGAACCUAGCGAACGAACUACUAUUAGCGAACGAACGAAUAGAACGCUGCCGCGACGAUACCCGAACGAGGUGAGGAUCGAACGAGAGAAGCCGAAGAAUGUGGCGAUAUGCAAGCCGCUGAGACUGACCGAGCAGAACGCGAGGUACUGGACGACCGAUCCGCCGGAGAAGGCGCGGAAGCCAAAACGCGACGAAGCCAAGAAGAACGUGAAGUUUUCCGAAGUAUCAGGAUGUAGGAAGAUGAUAGUGGAUGAUCCGGUGUGCGGGAGGAAGGUGGUCGCGGUGAGGGAGCUGGAGGUGUCGCUGGACCAGAUGAUACAGAAUGGAUACUUCGAAAAGCACAACAUACCGAUCGCGAUACCGGAGAAGAAGGAAGAGAUAAAAAGUUCAGUUCCCAACGGGAAGUGCCUAUCGAGCGAGACUCCGGCCCCGCGCAGAUACCGACAUCUACCUCAGCUAAUGGCGGCUCUAGCCGUCUCCCUUGCACCGUUCUCCGCAGGGCUGGGUAAGGGCUACAGCUCGCCCGCCAUCGCCUCGCUCCAGGGUCCAGGGAACGCCACAAGACGGGACUUUCAGUUGACCGACCAGCAGGCUUCAUGGCUCGCGUCUCUGUCUUUCCUGGGAGCGCUAUUCGGCGGUAUGGCGGGCGGCGCGGCAAUGCGGCACGGGCGACGUCGCGUGUUGUCGCUUGCUGCUGCGCCGUGCAGUCUGUCCUGGCUGCUAACAGUGCUGGCCACUUCGGUCCGCAUGAUGUGCAUCACUGCGUUCCUCGGCGGAUUCUGCUGCUCGAUACUGACGAUGCUGUCGCAGGUGUACAUCAGCGAGAUAUCGGUGCCCGACAUCCGCGGCUGCCUCAGCGCCGUGCUGAAGAUCGUCGGCCACCUCGGCGUGCUGUUCAGCUUCACCAUCGGAGCCUACCUCGACUGGCAGCAGCUCGCCCUCUGCAUAUCGGCUGCCCCCCUUCUCCUGUUCUGCACGGUGCUCUACAUACCCGAGACCCCCAGCUACCUCGUCCUGAUCGGCAAGGACGAGGAGGCCUACAAGAGCCUUCUCUGGCUUCGCGGACCAAACUCGGAUGUUGCUCAAGAGCUAGCCACUAUACGGACUAACGUGCUGGCCAGCAAGAAUUUCAGCCAGCGUCAAAGUCAAAUGUCCAGUAGUCAGUUUCUAAAUUCCUUGGACGUGAGAACCGCGAACCGUCUGCUUGGGCCUAUACUGGUGACGUGUGGUCUGAUGAUGUUUCAGAGAUUUUCGGGUGCGCACGCGUUUUCGUUCUACGCUGUUCCGAUAUUUCGGAAGACCUUCGGGGGGAUGAACCCACACGGGGCAGCCAUCGCCGUGUCCUUUGUCCAGCUGCUCGCUUCCUGUCUGUCUGGUCUGCUGAUAGACACGGUCGGUCGUCUUCCUCUACUCAUAGUCAGCUCGGUGUUGAUGUCGAUGGCUUUGGCCGGCUUCGGGAGCUACGCGUACUACGAGGAGGUACACCGGAACCAGAGAAUUCAAAGCGUGAUGUUCCACCAGACUUUGGGACAGAACGACUGGAUACCUCUGCUCUGCGUCCUAGUAUUUACCAUUGCGUUCUCUUUGGGCAUGAGUCCGAUAUCCUGGCUGCUGAUUGGUGAGCUGUUUCCUCUGGAGUAUCGCGCGUUCGGGAGCGCCAUGGCAACCGCGUUCAGCUACCUCUGCGCGUUUGUAGGUGUCAAGACGUUUGUGGAUUUCCAACAGGCUCUCGGUUUGCACGGUGCUUUCUGGCUGUACGCGUCUAUAAGCGUGGGCGGGUUGUGCUUUGUUGUCUGCUGCGUUCCGGAAACCAAAGGACGAGACUUGGACGAGAUGGAUCCUAAUUACGUUCAAAGUUUAUCACCAAAAAGGUAAAUACUGGCUGUCCCUAAUUUUCUCAGAGAUGAUUCAAUCAGAUAUUAACUUUGCAUUAUUAUGACUUUAUGUUUUGGUGGGUAUACUUUUUA